AUGGACGCCGAAGCUGGCCCGUCGCGGCCACCGCGCCCACCGAGCCUUCCUCGCAGUCCUCGAAGAGGACGGAUAUCAACCUCCCGAAGUCCGGUGAGGAGCGCCAGGCUCAGCGUCGAGGUCAGCGUGGAGCUGCCCCGGCUCAAGUCACCUGCUCGUGCACUUCCCUCUGCCUCGACAACACGAUCACCAGACUCAGGCGAGGACAGACCAACGAAGAGCCCGAUACGACUGCCAUGGCCGGAAGCAUCACCGCGAGCAUCGGGCGCAGGCUCGGGUUCGGAAUCGAGGAGUCCGACGCGGGCUACAGGUACAGGUAGCGAGAGCCCAGUCCGGCCAGGCGGGUUCGAGCACGUUGUCGAUGCGCUUGAGCGAGUUGUCGACGUGCCGAUUGAGCGCAUCAACACCCCUCGUAAACCACCGCCGGAACCCGCGCCGACAACGGAACGCACGAGGACACCCGCUCGCUCGACACCUGCCCGCGACCCAUCGCCGGGCUUCGACCUGACGCCUUUACCAACAACGCUGCCACCGGGUUUCUCGCGCGAGCCGACGCCAGCCUCAGUCACAUCGGAUGAUGACCCGCCGCCGAAGAGUGGCCUCCGCCUUCCCGUGCACCACACGCCGCAACGCCGGCCGGCCCAGCCGCCGAUAAACGGACCGAUCUACGUGCCCGCCGACGUCUUCGCUGUGCUCACCUCCCCGAUCGCCCCGCUCCCGUCCGCUACCGACUCCUCACUGCACACGGCUCUGCCCCCGCCGCUACCUACUGUCGCCGGCCACGCCCUCCGCUCCCUCGUCCCCCCGGUUCCGAAGCCGAUGCCACCCCGCCCGGCGCACUCCCUCCAAAACCGUGCCUACGUCUGCAUCAAGAUCAGCGAGAAGCGGCGCGCCGAGCUGAUUGCGCGUGGGGUCUACGAUGCGUUCCGGGACGAUGAGGAUGCACAGUUCCGAGCCUUAGCUCCGAGGAAGCGGUAUCAGCACUACGCCGCCGGUAGCAAUCGUGUCAUGGUGCGGAACGUGACGCUGGUUUUAGCGCGGCCGGAAGAGCUUCCCGAGCGCUUCAUUGAGCGGCCUGGACCUGCGCUGCUUGAGCCCUAUGCCAGCGUGCUGAAGGAGGACCGGCUCGUGAACACGCUCGGCGAGUAUGUGUGCGGGUGGAAGGGGUGUGGCGCCGUCCUCGCCAGUGAGGAGAGGCUAAAGCGGCAUGUGGCCAAGCGAGCUCAUGCCGCGCAGGGAGCAGUUGCGGCCGAGAAGACAGUGUACCGCUGCUUCUGGGCGGGGUGCGAGGGCCCGUGCUUCGAGCGAGUCGAGGGCCUGAUCCAGCAUCUCUCCGCGCGGCACAUUGCUGGCCGGCUCCGCUGUCCCUUCGAGGAUUGCGAAAUGACCUCGCCGACACUGGCGCAUCUGCAACGACACGCGAUCCGGCAACACGCACCCGACGCUCCCCUCCGACCGCGCGCCGACCUCCCAAUCCUCCCCAAACUGCCGCCGCUUCCGCCCCUGCCAGUAAUUGCCCACGCCGAUGAGCUGUGCACGCACCGCGUCAAUGGACGACAGCACGCUAGCGCAUACAGGCAAGAGCAGGUCCGGGCUCGGAUCCAGCGAUUGUGCUUCGGCGGCCCUGAGCCCGACACAGAAGCCGGCGGCGUGACGAUGAUGGAGCAGUUAGCCUUAACGCCGCAGCCCGAUGUGCCGCCGCCGCAGCGCAAGCGGAAGCGGAUGAACUGGGGCUGGGUGCCAAAGAAGAAGUACCCCUCGCAGGUCAAAGUCAAGGCGGAGCCAAACAGCGAUGCUGAGCCACCUCUCCGCAUCGGCGCAGGCGAGCGAAAGUGGGCCGCGAGGCAGGUCGCAGCAGAGCAGGAGCGCGAACGGGAACGCGAAAGGGAGCGCGAGAGAUACGAGCGCAAACGCCUUGGUCGGGUUUGGGUCGAGAUUCCCGUCCGCGACAAGAGGAAGGAGGGCAUCUACGAACGGCCCGAGACACCGCCUCCGCCCCCCGUCACGCCUGGAAGUGCGGUCGAGAGGAGGAUACGGAAGGAACGAAAACGCGCGCGGGAGAGUAAGGGCCGCCCAGGGCCUGACGACGCCGAGUCGAGCAACACGGGGAAGAAGAGGAAGGCAGAGUUCAACACGGCAGUAUUUGACUCGUUCCGGACGUCCGGCCCUGCUUCUCUUGCCUCAGCUACCGCCUCUGUAUCACCGUCCAAGGCUCCAGAUGACGACGACUCGGAGGCAGAAGUCGAGCUCGGCGUGAGUCUCGACCCGACGCCUGUCUCGCACACGCCGUCUCGCUCCUCCGUCCAACCCCCAGUCCUGCCCGCCUCUGCCCGCUCCUCGGGCAGCUCACGCGCUGCGAGGACGCCGAAUGGCAACGUUGUCACGCCGGUCCGACCGAGCGCCUCGCCUGUGACGUCUACGGGAGGGAAGAAGAUUCCGCGCCACAGUGUCGAGGUCGUACUGCCUAGACAGAGCCCGAUGGCUACCAGAUAG